UAGAACAAUUAGAAUCAGUCUUGCUGCGCCAGUGAACGUACAGGCUUAUUCUAACACAACCCAAACAACCAAACGCAUUGAUUUCAAUCAAUUUUUCUAUUGCUUUGAAAUUCUUCAACUAUAGCACUCUCAAGAAAGAUCCAGUGAGACCACAAUGGCUGAAUCCCGUCCACGUCAGAACUUCAGUAAAGCUUGUGAGGAGGGCAUCAACAAGCAGAUCAAUCUAGAACUGUAUGCCAGCUAUGUCUACCAAUCUAUGGUAAGUCAUCAUUCAGUCGUUUCUUUUUUAUUUUGUUCUUUAGUCAAACCAGCCCAUGAUGCUUGGGGAGGUGGACUGAGAGCAGUUGAAAUAUCUCUGGACCUGGAGAAAGAUGUCAAUGCAGCUUUACUGAAGCUGCAUAAGAUUGCAGAAGAGAGUGGGGAUCCUCAGAUGAUGGAUUUCAUUGAAUCUGAGUUCCUUGGAGAACAGGUCGAUGACAUCAAACUGCUCUCUGACCAUAUCACUAACCUCGAAAGGGUUGGCAAGGGUCUUGGAGAGUAUAUCUUUGACAAGAACCUGGACAGUUAAGCUUUGGAAUGUUUCCCAUCAGAUUAGAAGUUUCCAAAUGAUUUAAACUCACAAUCAGAAACCUUACAGUGAGAAAGAAAAAUAUUUCAGAAACCAACCCCGAACGUGUUCCUUAACUUACAAAUAUACCCUUAUAGCAAUUAGAACUUUUGUGGACCUGUAAACUUUAUAUUUAGAGUACAAACAUUUUAACUUAUUAUAUCAACACUGCAUUUCAAUGGGUGCGAUUUUCGAUGGUCAUCAGGAGUAUUAUUCCUGGAUAUGUAUAUAGAGCACAGCAGCUUGGAAUAUAGCUCAGUACUAUGUAUAUAUCCAUAACUGAUGGGUUUGAAAAACUUGUACAGUAUGUUCAUAAUUCUGUCUCUUUUUCAGUCCCUUCAGAAGAUAAGCAUUUUUCCUGAAAUUACAAGUAUUGUCAGUAAAAGCCUCUACUAGACUGUUCCUCUCUGUUUCAUGAAAUUCCAAAGUAGAAAGACUCUAGUUUUUCUACUUUGGAAUUUCCUGAAACAAAAACAGACUUGCAAGAGGUAUCAUUCCUGGUUUUACUUUGAGCCUUCCAACCACAAGUUGUGGUAUCUCUGGCAGCUGCUGACGAUCAAACAUCUCACCAAUUCGAAUGUGAUGAUGAUGUAUAUGUUAUAUAUGUUUCAUUUCUGAAGAUGAAGUCAAAAGUCCACAAAAAUUGUAAUUCUAUUAAAAGUAACUCAGCCUCUCCAUCAAUAGCACCUUUCAGAUCGGUAAUUCCAACUAAAUAGUAAGAAAUCUCCCAGAUUUCAGCCUGGAGUGUAAUUAUAGUCUGAGAUUCAAAGAAAAUAAAAAAAUUGAUUGUUUCAAUGCAAA